AUAACACCGUUUCGCCGUGUAUGGGUGUCCCGUUUUCCCGUAUCCGUUCUAUCCAGGUCUCAACAUAUUAUUACACAGUUCGCGCGCUGAGGUAUUUUAGAUUAUGUCAGUUCUUCACAAAAAAGAGUUGUAAUCGGUGAAAACCCCUCAUACAUGGUGCUAUUAAACGGCAUCAGCAAAUUCCACGCAAAAUCUUUGCCAGUUCUCUAUUUCAAAGCUUCCAACAAUUGUAUCCAUUCCCUUCACCAAUCCAAAAUCUCAAGAAAACCACCCAAAACAGUAGAGAAUCCGAAACUUUACACCAGAAAUACAGUCUCAACCAUAUACAAACUCCUAAAAUAUUCCCCAUGGGAAACAGCAAAGCAACAGAUUUCCCAACUGGGUAUCAACUGGGAUUCAUACACAGUCAACCAAGUCUUGAAAACCCACCCACCCAUGGAAAAAGCUUGGAUCUUUUUCAACUGGGUAUCAGAGAUCAAACCCUUUAAGCAUGAUCACUUCACUUACACAACAAUGCUUGACAUUUUUGGUGAAGCUGGUAGAAUUGAGUCCAUGAACUAUAUCUUUAAACUAAUGAAAGACAAGGGGAUAAAAAUUGAUGCUGUGACUUAUACUUCGGUUAUGCAUUGGGUUUCAAGAAGUGGUGAUGUUGAUGGGGCUGUGAAAAUUUGGGAGGAAAUGAAGGAGAAAUGUUGUGAUUUUGGUGUGGUUUCUUACACUGCUUUUAUGAAGAUUUUGUUUGAUGGGAAGAGAGUUGAAGAGGGUGUUGGUGUUUAUAAGGAGAUGAUUGAGUCUGGGAUUUGUCCUAAUUGUUAUACUUACACUGUCUUGGUGGAGUUUCUUGUUUGUUCUGGGAAGUUCCAGGAAGCUCUUGAGAUUUUUAGAAAAAUGCAAGAAGCAGGGGUACAACCCGACAAAGCUAUGUGCAAUAUUGUGGUUGAGAGAUGUUGCAAAGCUGGUGAAACAAACUUGAUGGCCCAAAUUCUUCAAUAUAUGAAUGAAAAUAAUCUUUCACUUAGGUAUCCCAUCUUUCAGGAAGCACUCAAAACUCUAAAAAUUUCAGGUGAGAGUGAUGCCUUACUCAGGCAAGUUAAUCCUCAUUGCACUUCGAAAUCUAACGAUCACAAUGAAUCCUCUGAACUAAAUAUAACUGCUGAUGAUGAUCCAAUUGAUAAAGGACUUCUGUUGACUCUCUUGAAAAGGCAAAAUCUUGCAGCAGUUGAUCAUUUCCUUGCCGGGGUAAUUGAUAAGAACAUAGCUUUGGAAUCUUGGAUCGUCUCGACCAUUAUUGAUGUAAACUGUAACGAAUGCAGGAUUGAUAAUGCUUUAUCGGCUUUUGAAUACAGUAUGAAAAUGGGUAUAAACCUCGAGAGAACAGCAUAUCUUUCUUUGAUAGGCAUGUUGAUUAGAUCAGAUACAUAUCCAAGGGUUGUGGAGAUUUUCAAGGAGAUGAUUAGGGCAGGGCAUCCGCUUGAACUUUAUCUAAGCUCUAUGUUAAUCUAUAGGCUUGGAUCUGCUAGAAGGCCUAGUUAUGCUGCAAAUAUUUUUGAUUUAUUGCCUGAUAAACAGAAGUGCACAGCUACUUAUACUGCCAUGAUCAGUGUAUACUUCUCUGCUGGAAGUCCGGAAAAGGCACUUAAAAUCUAUAGAACUAUGAAAAGAAAGGGUAUAAAUCCUUCUGUGGGAACAUACAAUAUUCUAUUAACCGGUCUAGAAAAUAGUGGUAAAAGUUUUGAAACAGAGAGUUUCAGAAAGGAAAAGAAGAGCAAGCUGGCUGAUAGUUAUCGAUCGAGCAGCGUCCCUAUGGAGGAAAAGAUAUGUGAUCUUCUUUUCGCUGGGAGUGCUCUUUCUAUUUAGUGGCAGACAAUGCUUAUGUGCUUAAGAUGAUAAAAUACGGAAAUGCACGGAAAAUGGAUCUGCUGUUCCGUGUCGAUUUCAAGUCUCAGGUUCUUUUUUUUCGGAAUCCUGAUAAAGCUUGGCGCAGUAGAAUUGUGUUUCAUAGUGUUGCCAAGUUUCCUCGAGUAUUGUAUUGAGCCAGGGCUUGGAGGAGAAGGAACACUUGAACCACAACACUCGAGGUGCAAUUUGUGUUUGGAUAUUAGGUAAGUCGCGAUGAGGACGUCACGAAUUUAGUAAGUUAGACCAACACAUUAAUUUUUAGCCAAUUAAAUAAAGCUGCUGCACAUCUAAAUUGAGAUUAAAGUUAUAAACUCAAAUUGUAGUUUAGUGGUUCCAAUCAAUAUUUAGAUUCGUGAGUUGACCAACUUGUCUUCAAAUUAUAUGAACGUUUGAGGCUUAGCAAACUUGUAGCAUGCUCGUUUGGAUUGCAAGUUCAUCAAUUCUAAUGUUUUUUUGGUGUUCCUUUACUUGGAUGACACACCAUCCAUUGAGAA